GAGCUUUACACCCUCUACAUAUCCCAAGAUCUCUUAAUCUCCUCUCAAUUCUAAGGAGUCUCUGCGUUCAGAAGAUCCAGUCAUGGAGGUUGUCUCGGCAGUGCCCUCCAUGGACCUGAGCUUCGACAGCGCAACCUCCACUCCAUACAUCACCGCUCCUUCAAGCCCUCGAGCGUUCUGCAACUUCUUCAAUCCAUCCACAGUUCCUCCGACAACUCCGCCUAGUCGCUCCGAUUUCGAUCUUCUCCUGCCCGAAGAAUUCCACGAGAUCUCCCUCAUCUCGGAUGAGGACAAAGAUGAGUGUUCGUGGCAUGACGACCCGCGGUUCUCCAUAGCCUUUGCAUGGGAAAACGCCCUGCCCAUGAUUGUCCAUGCAAAGAAAGAGGAUGGUUGUGUCAUUGAAGACGAUGACGGCAAAGACUUCGUGUUCGAUUUCAGCGGGUGUUUAAGCGAGAGUUCCGCCGUGUCUGCCGAUGAGAUCUUCCAUGGCGGCAAAAUCAGACCCUUGAAAUCAUCACCUCCUCUGUCAUCGGCCGAGUCAGACGGCGACGUUGGUGGAGUCUUACCUACUGCACGUGGUGGGGGCAAAUUACUUGAACCUGUCCAGAUUAGUCGAGUCGAAUAUUUUGAUACGCCAGUUUAUCAAGAAAAAGGGAGAGAGCGCGGUAGAGAGAGAGACGUGCGACCAUCAUCAUCUUCUUCCUCUUCUCCAAGUUUCGCUCGUAAGGGGAGAAGAUCUCUCUCGCCCCUGAGAAUAUCCGACAUUUUGCUCGAGCGAGAUGAUGAGGAUGAGGAGAAUUCAGUACUGAACAUCCACAAGAAUUCGUCGCCGUCGUUGUCGUCACCGUCUCCUUCUUUUUCUUCUUCCUCCAACUACUUUUCGUCUCUGAUAUCGUUCUCAAAGGGUGAUAGGAGGAAAUGGAGUUUCAAAGAUCUGUUAUUGUUUCGAAGCGCAUCAGAAGGCCGGGGCACGAGCAAGGACCCGUUCAGGAAGUACUCCCCUGGUUUCAAGCCGGGAGAGAUCGUGGGUCGUCCAGGGUCGAGUUCGAGUCAUAGAGCUACUGAGUCGACUCACGAGUUGCAUUACAGGAUGAAGAAAGCAGCUUCGGAGGAGAUGAAGAGGAGGACCACCUUGCCCUACAAGCAUGGCUUGCUCGGAUGCUGGGCUAACGGUGGCGGCAGCCGGCACGAGAUCGCGAGAGGUUUUGGGUCGAUGACACGUGGAACAUGAUCAUCUCCUCAAUUUUUAAUGGGUUUUUCCUCCCAAAAGAAAAAUUAUUACAUAAACUCAGUUUGAGCGACUCGCGUAAUCAAUAUUUACGGUGACGCUGAUAUAUAUAAACUAAAUCUAUAUACUAACUUCUCCCUUCUAA